AUGGCAAAACGGAGAGUCAAGAAGCGCACGCACAUCGGCGCUAGCCUGCCCAAAGGAACCCAGAAGCCCAACGAUGGCGCGCCGAAGAGCAUGGUCAUUCGUGUGGGAGCCGGCGAGGUCGGCUCCAGCGUCUCGCAACUGGUCAAGGACAUGAGGCUGGUCAUGGAGCCUGGUACAGCGACGAGAUUGAAGGAGAGGAAAUCCAACAAACUGCGCGACUACACGACAAUGGCUGGGCCUCUCGGCGUCACACAUCUUCUGCUAUUCUCCAAAUCCUCGUCCGGGAACACAAACCUGCGCCUUGCGAAGACUCCUCGCGGCCCUACGCUGCACUUCCGCGUCGAGAAAUACUCUUUGUGCAAGGAUAUCCAACGCGCCCAAAAACACCCCAGAACCGGGGGCCAUGAAUAUCACACGGCUCCUCUUCUUGUCAUGAACAACUUUACGAGCCCCCAAACCUCGGCCAGCGCGGAGAACCCCAUUCCGAAGCACCUCGAGAGCCUCACGACAACCAUGUUUCAGUCGCUCUUCCCGCCAAUCUCCCCUCAAGCCACGCCAUUGACCUCGAUCCGCCGUGUUCUUCUCCUUAACCGCGAGCCUUCCCCAGACGACUCCAACUCUUACAUUAUCAAUCUGCGGCACUACGCAAUCACGACCAAAACCGUGACGAAGGAUAUGCCUAAGAGCUUGCGCCGUUUGAACAGCGCCGUCAAGGAUAAGAAGAAGAGGGGCCUGCCUAAUCUCGGCAAGCUCGAGGAUGCCGCCGACUACCUUCUGGACCCAGACGCGGGCGGCGGCUAUACUAGCGCGAGUGACAGCGAGGUUGAAACGGACGCCGAGGUUGAGGUGUUGGAGACGACUAGAAAAGUCCUCAACCGGAAGGAGAAGCAGCGGGCGGCUGCAGAAAGACAGGCUGCCGCCAACGGCGGGUCGGCCGGCGCGCGCAGCAAUGUCGAGAGGAAAGCCGUGAAAUUGGUCGAGCUCGGCCCGCGCAUGAAGCUUCGUCUCCAGAAAGUUGAGGAAGGCCUGUGUGGUGGAAAGGUCAUGUGGCACGAGCAUAUCACCAAGACUGCUGAAGAGGUCAGAGCGAUGGAUAAGAUGUGGGAUCAGCGAAGGAAAGAGAAGGAGGAGAGGAAACGCGUACAAAAGGAAAAUGUUGAGAGGAAGAAAAAGGAGAAGGCUGAUAAGAAAGCACGAGGCGAAGAAGUUGAUGAUGAUGAAGAGGAGGACUAUGACGAGGACAUGUCCGACGCCUGGGAUAGCGAAGGCCUUGACGAUGAGGGCGCCGGUGAUGUCGAGGACGAAGAUGAGGAUAUGGAAGACGACGAAUGA